GCCGUUAAUUUAUCUGAAGGGGGUGUAAAGUGCAAAAUACAGCGAACAAACUAACUGCUGCUGACGCAUUAACGUUAAUUCAAGGCUAACAUGUUAUAACGUUGACUAACGCUAGCUAACUACCUGUUAGCUUACAGAGCUAGCGUUCACUAGCUAGCUAGCGAACAGCUCAUAUCCUUCAGUGAAGACAACACCAGCUGGGCCGGCAGGCAGCCUUGUGAGGGAAUGAAAUAUCACGUUUGUUGGGGGAAAAGGCAUUUUCUAACCUCAGAUGUCCGAGGCUGUGGAGAGGAAGAUAACAUCGUAGAAAUGGUUGACAUGGGAGAAGAACACUUUGCUAUUUCCAGUUCCUCAGCUGCAGACGCAGCUUUUGAUGGCAUUAUUGGCUGCAUAGAGGACAUCAUCAUGGAGGAGGAGUUCCAGCAGCUUCAGCAGAGCUUCAUGGAGAAACACUACCUGGAGUUUGAGGACUCUGACGAGAACAAGCUCAGUUACACACCCAUCUUUGACAAAUAUGUUGACCUGCUGGAGAAACAUCUGGAGCAGCAGCUGAUGGAGAGGAUCCCCGCCUUCAACAUGAAUACUUUCAUAAAGAGGCUCAUGCAACACAAAGAAGAGGUGCCAGGUGACAUCUUUGACAUGCUGCUGACAUUCACUGACUUCAUGGCUUUUAAGGAGAUGUUUCUGGAAUACAGAGCAGAUAAGGAGGGCCAAGGUCUGGACCUGAGUCAAGGACUGGUGGUCACAUCUCUGAUCCCUGCUGGGUCCAAACACAACAGCACCACCACUGAACCGCAGUUCACAAACAUUUGAAUUGCCUCCUCUUUAUGUUUAUGUAACAUUUUGUUAACGAACCUUCAGAAAGUUACGGUUAGCUUGUGGUCACUUUUUUGGGAGGCUUUGUUCUAACGUUGAGCUGCUUGAUACAUCUACAGCCUGUGACGAAAGGACCCCGAACAUCAAAAUCAUAUGCAGUCCUCUGUGUUUUAUGUGUUGGCUGGGAUGGCGUGUGUGUUCAAGAGGUUCUUUGUAGUUAAAGAGUGAACAUGGAAAGUGGCUUCUUUCCUCUACCCUAACCACUGCACCGGACAGACAUGACUACUUGAAAUAUUCAAAGGUUUUUUAAUUAAAAUUUGCAGGUGAGAGGCCAAAUCCCGAGAUUACAAAUGAACGUAUCUACGUUUGCAUCUAUUAGAUCUGCCUGGUUGGGGAGAAGGAACCCAGUUCUGGGGCUGGUACUAGAUUUGUGUUUGUGUUUUUCAGUUCAUCCUACUGGUUCUUAUGUAAAAGGCAUCAGCAGGGGAAACAAUUUAAUAUUAUUGAAUGUUUGGCUCCCUUUGCCUGGAAUGUGUUUUUCAUAUGAUUAUAGCAGAAUUAAUAUGUUUUUUAUAAAGUUUUAAAUUAUUUGGUCAGUUUGAAAACUCAUUGCAUUGAGUUCUGUGCCUGUGAAAGUGAUUUUUUUUUAAAAUGUAUUAAGUGAUUGUGUGACGUGUGCAUGUGUCUGCAAUGCAAAAUACGACCUACAGUAUAGUUUUCAGUGCAAUGUCAAAGUAUUUUCUAUUCUUCUUAAUAUGACAGCUGUAAUUGUAAACAUAAAAGUAUGUCACUGUUGAAACACUGUUGAUGGAUCAUUUGUUAGUAAAGAGAUAUUUUAAAUAAACAGGUGCAAUCCUUA